AUGUACGAGAUGAUCCAUCGACCUAUCUGGAUGCAUCUUGCAAUCUCGCUGGAAGUGCUUCAUAAACCUCGGGUGUGGGGGCUGGCGCGAGGGAGGAGGGCACUAGUUGCCGGCGAAGAUAAGAAACUAGAGCAGCUCCACCAGGAGUUCGACAAGCUGCGCACCGAGCUGGUCGAGGUGAAGAAGCGCAUGGAGCGCAAGGAGGAGAUCAUAGAGAAAGACCGUGACGCGGGAGACCGGAUAGUGGCUUGGGUCGACCCGAACGUGCGGGACAUGGGGGGCGAGGACAUGGCGGCCUUCUUUGCCAUGCUGAUGUGUAGAAAAUUCCGCGCCAACCAAGAUCUCCACGAGGAGAUGCAUGUCGACAUGAGCUGCAUGGUGGAGGGGUUCACCUCCGAGGUUAAUAUGCAGAAGCGCAUGGUGAUGGAGCUGCCUCCGGCAAAGCAGGUCACCGCCGGGAUGGAUAUGCAAGAGAUGCCUCCGCCGCCGGGAUUCGCCACGGGCAUGGAUAUGGAGGAGAUGCAGAUAGCGAUUCCUCAGCCGCCAGGGUUGGACAACGAGAUGGGGAUGCAAAUGGAGAUACAUUAG